AGCCACGGGGCUGCGGGCACUGGCUAGGGCGACCCGCGGCGCUCGCUCAGCCUUCGGCCCUCUCGCCCAUGGCCCUGGCGCUGCGGUCCUGGCUCCCAGCCCCGCGCGUUGUCCCCACCGCCCGCCUCUGGCCGCCCAGCCUACCAGCCUCGCGCGAUGCUGAACGGCGCGGGCCUGGACCAGGCUUUUAAGAUGUCGUUACCGCGGAGGGCGAGGAUCGGCGCGUCCGUGGGACCCGUUCGUUCUUCUGCGGGCUACAAGAAGGCAGAGGAUGAGAUGUCCCGGGCCACGUCUGUUGGAGACCAGCUAGAGGCACCGGCCCGCAUAAUUUACCUCAACCAAUCUCAUCUCAACAAAUUCUGCGACAACCGGAUCAGUACGGCCAAGUACAGUGUGUUGACAUUUCUACCUCGAUUCCUGUAUGAGCAGAUUAGGAGAGCUGCUAAUGCCUUCUUCCUCUUCAUUGCCUUAUUACAGCAAAUCCCAGACGUAUCGCCAACUGGACGGUACACCACCCUGGUGCCAUUGGUCAUCAUUCUAACGAUUGCAGGCAUCAAAGAGAUUGUAGAAGAUUUUAAACGACACAAGGCCGACAAUGCAGUUAACAAGAAGAAAACAAUAGUGUUAAGAAAUGGCAUGUGGCACACUAUCAUGUGGAAAGAGGUGGCAGUGGGAGACAUCGUGAAGGUCCUCAAUGGGCAGUAUCUUCCAGCAGACAUGGUCCUGUUCUCCUCCAGUGAGCCCCAGGGGAUGUGCUAUGUUGAAACUGCUAACCUGGAUGGCGAGACGAACCUUAAAAUACGACAGGGUUUGAGCCACACAGCCGACAUGCAGACAAGGGAAGUGCUCAUGAAGCUGUCCGGAAGGAUAGAGUGUGAAGGGCCCAACCGCCACCUCUACGAUUUCACUGGCACCCUGCACUUGGAUGGGAAGAGCUCCGUUGCCCUUGGGCCUGACCAGAUCUUACUGAGAGGCACCCAGCUUAGGAACACACAGUGGGUCUUCGGUGUUGUUGUGUAUACCGGACAUGACACCAAACUCAUGCAGAAUUCAACAAAAGCACCUCUCAAGAGGUCGAACGUUGAGAAGGUAACCAACGUGCAGAUCCUGGUGCUGUUUGGCAUCCUCCUGGUCAUGGCGCUUGUGAGCUCGGUGGGCGCCCUGUUCUGGAAUGGGUCUCAUGGUGGAAAGAGUUGGUACAUCAAAAAGAUGGACACGACCUCAGAUAAUUUCGGCUACAACCUGCUGACGUUUAUCAUCUUGUACAACAAUCUGAUUCCUAUCAGCCUGCUGGUGACACUCGAGGUCGUGAAAUACACGCAGGCCCUCUUCAUAAACUGGGACACGGAUAUGUACUAUAUUGAAAAUGACACUCCUGCCAUGGCCAGGACAUCAAACCUCAACGAAGAGCUCGGGCAGGUAAAAUACCUGUUUUCUGACAAGACUGGAACUCUUACAUGUAAUAUCAUGAACUUCAAGAAGUGCAGCAUUGCUGGUGUGACCUAUGGCCACUUCCCGGAAUUAGCCAGAGAGCAGUCCUCAGAUGACUUCUGUCGGAUGACUUCUUGCCCCACUGACUCAUGUGACUUCAAUGAUCCCAGGCUGUUAAAGAACAUUGAGGAUCAACACCCCACAGCCCCUUGCAUACAAGAGUUCCUUACCCUGCUGGCUGUGUGUCACACCGUCGUCCCUGAGAAGGAUGGUGAUGAAAUUAUCUACCAGGCUUCGUCUCCAGAUGAAGCUGCUUUGGUCAAAGGCGCUAAGAAGCUUGGCUUCGUGUUUACCGGGAGGACGCCAUACUCGGUCAUCAUCGAAGCGAUGGGAGAAGAACAGACAUUUGGGAUCCUCAAUGUUCUAGAAUUUUCUAGCGACAGAAAAAGAAUGUCUGUCAUUGUUCGAAUGCCGUCGGGACAACUUCGACUUUACUGCAAGGGAGCGGAUAAUGUAAUCUUUGAAAGACUUUCAAAAGACUCAAAGUACAUGGAGGAGACAUUAUGCCAUCUGGAAUAUUUUGCCACAGAGGGCCUGCGGACCCUGUGUGUGGCCUAUGCAGAUCUCUCUGAGAAUGAGUAUGAGGAGUGGCUGAAAGUCUAUCAAGAGGCCAGCAUCAUUCUGAAGGACAGAGCCCAGAGGCUAGAGGAGUGCUAUGAGAUCAUCGAGAAGAAUUUACUGCUACUUGGAGCUACAGCCAUCGAAGAUCGUCUUCAAGCCGGGGUUCCAGAAACCAUAGCUACUCUGUUGAAGGCAGAAAUCAAAAUAUGGGUGUUGACAGGAGACAAGCAAGAAACUGCAAUUAAUAUUGGGUAUUCCUGUCGGUUGGUGUCACAGAACAUGGCCCUUAUCCUAUUGAAGGAGGAUUCUUUAGAUGCAACAAGGGCGGCCAUCACUCAGCACUGCACGGACCUUGGAAAUUUGCUGGGCAAAGAGAAUGAUGUGGCCCUCAUCAUCGACGGCCAUACCCUGAAGUACGCACUCUCCUUUGAAGUCCGAAGAAGUUUUCUGGACCUGGCGCUCUCGUGCAAAGCAGUCAUCUGCUGCAGAGUGUCCCCUCUGCAGAAGUCUGAGAUCGUGGAUGUCGUGAAGAAGCGAGUGAAAGCCAUCACCCUGGCCAUCGGGGACGGUGCCAAUGACGUGGGGAUGAUCCAGACAGCCCAUGUAGGGGUCGGGAUCAGCGGGAACGAGGGCAUGCAGGCUACCAACAACUCAGAUUAUGCCAUUGCACAGUUUUCCUACCUGGAGAAGCUGCUUUUGGUCCAUGGAGCCUGGAGCUACAACCGGGUGACCAAGUGCAUCCUCUACUGUUUCUAUAAGAAUGUGGUCCUCUACAUCAUUGAGCUUUGGUUCGCCUUUGUUAAUGGAUUUUCUGGGCAGAUUUUAUUUGAGCGCUGGUGCAUCGGCUUGUACAAUGUGAUCUUCACAGCAUUGCCACCCUUCACUCUGGGGAUCUUUGAGAGGUCGUGUACUCAGGAGAGCAUGCUCAGGUUUCCACAGCUCUACAAAAUCACUCAGAACGCCGAAGGUUUCAACACGAAGGUCUUCUGGGGUCACUGCAUCAAUGCCUUGGUCCACUCCCUCAUCCUCUUCUGGGUUCCAAUGAAAGCGCUGGAGCACGAUACUCCGCUAACCAGCGGUCAGGCCACAGACUAUUUGUUUGUUGGAAAUAUUGUUUACACGUACGUUGUGGUCACAGUUUGUUUGAAAGCUGGUUUGGAGACGACAGCUUGGACUAAAUUCAGUCACCUGGCAGUGUGGGGAAGCAUGCUGAUCUGGUUGGUGUUCUUUGGUGUCUAUUCAACCUUCUGGCCGACCAUCCCCAUCGCUCCCGACAUGAAAGGGCAGGCAACUAUGGUCCUGAGUUCUGCCCACUUCUGGUUGGGUUUGCUCCUGGUUCCCACUGCGUGUUUGAUCGAGGAUGUGGCGUGGACAGCGGCCAAGCACACCUGCAGAAAGACACUGCUGGAGGAGGUUCAGGAGCUGGAGACCAAGUCCCGAGUGAUGGGCAAAGCGAUGCUCCGAGACAGCAAUGGGAAGAGGAUGAACGAGCGCGAUCGUCUGAUCAAGAGACUCGGCAGGAAGACACCCCCCACCCUCUUCCGAACAGGCUCCAUCCAGCAGUGUGUCAGCCAUGGGUAUGCCUUUUCUCAAGAAGAACAUGGGUGUGUUACACAGGAGGAAGUAGUCCGUUGUUAUGACACCACCAAAGAGAAGUCAAGGAAGAAGUAAGAGUCAGAGUUUCCUGAUGGCUCCAAGGAAAGAGAUUCGGUUUGUUGCACGCAGUGUUAACGGUUUUGUCAGAAAAGACUGGCGCCAGCAGCUGGACACCAGAAAACACAUUUCUGUGGCCUUAGCCAACCAGUUUGUUAGCAGCUCUCUGUCCCUGUGCGGUCCCAGGGCAUAGGCGUCAAGGGAAGCCAUUCUCCCAGCUUGUCUGCAGUGCUUGGCCCGACAUCUGUUUACCUUGUUAUGAAGCAUUCAGCUGGGCUUUGUGAGGUGUGAAAUUAAAAACUAUGCUUCACCAAUGCUUAAACAUCAAUACCAGUGGUCCUGGGAGAGAGGAAAGGGGCAUUACAUUACAAGAGACCAGUCCUGUGUAAUUGGAACAGGGUACACUUACUUCCUGUUUGGUGCAUGCACAGAUCAUACAAGCCUCGCUUUCUGCAGAUUGCUGGCUCACUUUGAUUCCUGUUUUGUUUGUCUGAAGUUGGCAUAAACUUCUUGAUUGCAGCGAAA